GACGAUAUACUCCGGCUGAUUUCAUGGAUAAGAUAUACUACCACUUUCCAAACGAAAAGUUAAUUGGUUUCUUCGAUAUGCGAGAGCCGGUCUAUUUUGCACGUGAUUUGGAAUUUAUUCGUCAAAUUGCAAUAAAAGAUUUCGACAAUUUUGAAGAUCAUGUUGGUUUUAUCGACAGUGAAUCAGAUACAUUGUUUGGCAAAAGUUUGUUUCUAUUGAGCGAGCAAAAGUGGCGAGACAUGAGAGCCACACUGAGUCCAGCAUUCACAGGCAGUAAAAUGCGUCAUAUGUUUGAAUUGGUUGUUGAAUGUGCAGAAGAUAUGGCAAAAUAUUUGGUUAAAGAUGUUGAACAAGGUAAAUUGAUUCGAUGGGAAAUGAAAGAGCUCUUCUCACGCUACACAUCCGAUGUAAUUGCGUCGUGUGCAUUUGGAUUGAAAGUUGAUUCAUUAAAAGAUCGCACCAAUGAAUUUUUUACGAUCGGAACGAAUAGUUUGAAUUUCAGUUCAUUGAAAGUUGGAUUACGUAUGUUACUCAUUCGAACGCUACCCAAACUGAUGCGUGCGAUAAAUUUCGAAUUUUUUCCGCUUCGUACAAAGAAAUUCUUCAAAUCAAUGGUUUUGGACACAAUCGCCGAACGAGAAAAGAAUCAUAUUAUCCGACCGGAUAUGAUCAAUAUAUUGAUGCAAGUGCGCAGUGGCAAUUUAACUCAUCAACAUGAUGAAGCGUCGAAUGAUGACGCCGGUUUUGCAACGGCUGAAGAGUCAAGUAUUGGCAAGGUACAAGUGAAAAGGACGUGGGAUGAUGACGAAAUUAUCUCACAGUGUUUUUUAUUUUUCGCCGCUGGUUUUGAUACGGCAUCAACUGUUUUAUCGUUUUUGUCAUAUGAAUUGGCCAUUAAUCAAGACAUUCAAAAGAGAUUGUACGAGGAGAUUCGUGAUGUAAACAACACUUUGAAUGGUGCCCGCCUAAACUAUGACACACUUUUGAAAAUGAAGUAUAUGGAUCAAGUUGUUUCUGAGACUCUAAGAAAGUGGCCCCCAGCGAUAUUCACGAACAGAAAAUGCACCAAGGACUAUGAGUGUGAUGUGAAUGGGAAUAAAUUUUUAAUUGAACGUGGAAAAACGAUUUGGCUUCCGAUCAGCUCUAUUCAUCACGAUCCAGAUAUCUAUGAAUCUCCGAAACAAUUCAAUCCAGAGCGAUUCAAUGACGAAAACAAGCAUAAAAUCAAAGCAGGCUCGUUCAUACCAUUCGGAAUUGGACCAAGAAAUUGCAUAGGUUCUCGGUUUGCUCUCAUGGAGAUCAAGGCAUUGUUCUUCUAUUUGUUACUGAACUUUACUAUUCAGCCAUAUGAAAAAACGCAAAUUCCAUUGAAAAUUGCUAAAUCAGCCGUUGGAUGGGUAACUGAAAAGGGAAUUCAUGUCGAAUUCAAACCGCGAAAUUAGCUACUAAUUUUGUAUCGAUAUCAUUUCUAUACACAUUUUUCUAUUUAAUUGCAAAACUUUUACUUAUAUUGUCAAUUUUUUUCUUGUGAGAAAAAUUUCUUAAUAAAAGAAAAAUAAUGAAAAAUAUAA